AGUUCAGCUCAAGCUCAGCUCAGCUUAGCUGCUUUGGUCACUCACUCUAUGUGGUUGGUUUGGCUUUGACUCUCUUGUUCGGCGGUUGGUUAAGAGGAGCAGCAUCGGCUUGGAAAAAGAAAAUUGGUGGGGGCAUCUUUUCCUCUCUCGCAGACCUCCCUUCCUCCCUGAAUCAGAGGCAGAGCUUCAGGGGAAAGAAAGAGGCAGGACACAAGUCUCCGUGUAGACCCCAAGGAGGCACACCUUGGUUCUAUAAGCAAUUCAGGUUGGUGGCUGCUUCGGAUGUAAAAUUGGGCGCAAUUCGGUCAAGAAAUUGGGGAAUUUUAACUUCUCGAGAGUAGGUGUCGAGCUCUUCUUGAUGCCAUAAUUAUCCUCACCAAAAUUGGAGAGUGUUCUGUGGGAAGACCUGGAUUGGUGUGGUGUUCUUGAGGGGAUGGUUGUUGGUGUCCUCCUCAAUUGAGCAAUUUGGGACGAGCAUGCGUCGUGUCCGAGUCUCGUCUCACCAGUCUCCAGUCCACAAGCUCGGCGAUUCGCAGAUGAAACUGACGCCCAAGUUCCGGCUCGCCGCCGCCGCCUCUGCAUUGCCAUCUCCGACACCGUCCUCGGAUUUCGAGCCAUCGUCAUGGGAGACACCCCUCAUUCCUGGCCUCCCUGACGACGCCGCACUGAAUUGCCUCCUCAGGCUACCUGUGGAAGCCCAUGAGGCCUGCAGGCUCGUGUGUCGCCGGUGGCACCACCUCCUGGCCGACAAGGCGCGCUUCUUCACGCAGAGGAAGGCGAUGGGCUUCCGGUCGCCGUGGCUCUUCACCCUGGCGUUCCACCGUUGCACUGGUAAGAUACAGUGGAAGGUGCUGGAUCUGAACCACUUAACCUGGCACACCAUUCCCACCAUGCCGUGCCGGGACCGGGCUUGCCCUGGGGGGUUCGGCUGCGUUGCUAUCCCCAGCGACGGCACCCUUCUCGUCUGCGGCGGGCUGGUCUCUGACAUGGAUUGCCCGCUGCACUUGGUCCUCAAGUAUGAUAUUUACAAGAACCGCUGGACCGUGAUGACCCGGAUGCUUUCGGCACGAUCUUUCUUUGCUGGUGGCGUGAUCGAUGGACAGGUUUAUGUUGCCGGGGGCUAUAGCACAGACCAGUUUGAGCUGAAUUCAGCAGAGGUUCUUGAUCCGGUUAAGGGUGUCUGGCAACCGGUUGCUAGUAUGGGCAUGAACAUGGCAUCAUCAGAUUCUGCUGUCAUCAGUGGUAGGCUCUAUGUCACUGAAGGAUGUGCAUGGCCUUUCUUCUCCUUGCCAAGAGGGCAGGUGUAUGAUCCAAAGAUUGACCGCUGGGAGGCCAUGUCGGUCGUAAUGCGUGAAGGGUGGACAGGAUUAAGCGUGGUCAUCGACGAACGUUUGUUUGUGAUUUCAGAAUAUGAGAGGAUGAAGGUUAAGGUCUAUGAUCAGGAGACGGAUUCAUGGGAUUCUGUCAAUGGGCCUCCUAUGCCUGAGCGUAUCAUGAAACCUUUAUCUGUCAGCUGCCUGGACAGUAAGAUAGUCGUUGUCGGCCGAGGUCUCCAAGUAGCGAUCGGCCAUGUCAAGAGGCAACCUGGCAGUGGCAGCGGUGCUAACAAUACGAGCUCGAGCUACUUGAUUUGUUGGCAAGAUGUUGAUGUUCCUAGGACAUUCAGCGAUCUGACACCUUCGAGCAGUCAGAUCUUGCAUGCUUAACCUGCUCUAAAGCUCUGGCAAUCUGCAAGGUGACAACAUCAACUGAUCAACUGCUUAAAUUUGUUCAGCUGUUCAAACCGUUUAUCCGGGCUCUACAACUGUUGUUUUAUUAUGUGUAUAUUAGACUUUACCAUCAUAUUUGUAAUGUACGAAUGUUGUAUCAGUAAAUAAAUAAAUCGGGACAUUGCUAGAAGUAUCA